AUGGAGGAUGUCUUUAAGAAACCUCAAGGCAGUUGCUUCCCAACACUUGUCGGUCAAAAGAAACUUGCUGUAACUAGGAUUGAUGAGAAAGAAAGACUGCUUGAGAUCAAUCAUGUAUUGGUAUCACAGCCUGACAUGCCUAUUCAAGCUCCAAUUUGUGAUGCAAUUUCCAAUUUAGUUUCAGAUGCUAAUGACCCCAAGAUCAUUGUUGAAUGGACAAGGAUUAUCCAUUUGCUUAGCUCCCACAGAAUUGUGUUAUUUGCAAUUGGAUUGAAGUCUGUUAUUAACAGGAUUCUUGCGGAUCACAAAAGCUUGAGUUCUGUAACAAUCUUUGCUCCUUCAGAGUUUGAGUUUGUGGCAUCUUCAUCUCCGAUUCUUGAGAAGAUUGUGAGGUUUCACGUACUGCCUCUAAGGGUUACAUACAUUGAACUUGCUGCAUUACCACAUAAACAAAGCCUGAUGACAUUGCUCCCUUGUGAAGAUCUUGAGAUUAUUAAUGGUGCAAAUGUGACAUAG